CCCGGCCACGCGGCCUCACCCGCUACGCUAAGCGUCGCGCUACUGCCCGGAUCGCAUUCCUCGCGUAAUCAACAGUACACAGUGAAAGGCGUGGUAAUAGCGGGUGAAAGAGAAGCGGAGUGAAUAUAUUGAACCGAGUUGUGUAAAAUGUUGUGUAUUGAUGGUAGCGUGUUGAAUCCAGAUUAAAAAAUAAGUGCAGUGAGGUGCUUUGUGUUAGUGAUGUAAAUUGGAGCUUACUUUAAACGACACCAUGCUGCCCACAAAUGUGAUGUCCUUUAUGAAGAAGAUGGUGGCGGCAGAUGAAACGACAAACGCGGUUUCAGGGCAAAUAGACAAUCCAGGCGCAUUCGGGAAAUUGCGUCAAACUCUCUCAUCAUCACUUCUCACAGCACAAGACAAAGUAACGAAAUUGGGACCUCGCACUGUUGUAACGGAGACUGUAGAACCGGCGCCGACUCCACCGCCUGCCCAGCCACCUCCCCCACAACCCGCUAAGACUGAACGCGAGGCCGGCAAAGCUCCUUCGCGAGCCGGCGCGUGUCGAGUGUGCCUGAAAGCCUUGAAGCCAGGCGAAGUAUUCCACAUAUGCAAUGGCUGCCAGCACAGGGUGUGUGAGGACUGCUCUUCUUACUCCAAGCCGGCUGGCGAUGAUGAAGCAAGUUCAUGGCGUUGUUCAGUAUGCCGUCGCAAAGCCGGUCCUCGAUUACCGCCCGCAGCACAAGACAGCACGGAUUCUCUUCUAGACGUGCCCGUACUAGAAGCUUUACAGCGGCGACACUCAGAAGCACGGCUCGGUAGUGGUGGUAGUAGCAGUGGGCUUGCACCGCCUCGGUCACCAGAACUGAGGCGACAUUCCGAUGUAUCUCCCGCUUCCCUGAAGGAAUUGGAAAAGUUAAAGGGCGGCGGCAGCAGCACCCCCAUGGUGGAGUCGCGGCGGCCGAGCACGGUAUCGCCGCGGCGCCGCUCCGUGCGCGCGCCCCGCCAGCACUCGUGUGACGAGGAGCAGAAGGCGCACCAGCCGGUGUUGGCCGCGCCGCCGCCUAUGUCGCGCAGAGCAUCAGCAGUAGACGUUGUAGCGGCUGGCUCUCGGCGGGGCUCGUACCGCCCCGACACAGACGUUACCGACACCGCGCCGCAAAUCAGCGGCCUCAGUGUGGAUGAGGAGCGGCCUAUACGGCGACGGGGAAGCCAACUGCCCGAUAUAGCAGCGCUCCAACAACGAACGGGCGCUUUAAGCGCUAUGGCCGCUUUAGCGUCCCGAACGUCCGAACAAAGCGAAGCGGCAGCAGCGUCCGCAAGCGCUGCAGCCGCUGCAGCAGCCGCUCGACAAAUGUCAGUGGAUGCGGAGGCGAUAAAGAUUGUAAUACAUGAUGUUGAUGACCGUACGCCACGGAGAGUCACUUUGCGACGGGAUCCUAAUGAUAAGGGACAUAGAUCCCGAGGUUUCGGCAUGCGAGUGGUUGGCGGCAAGCCGGACGCUAGCGGGCGACGAGAGGCCGUCAUCGUGUGGACCGUGCCCGGCGGACCCGCUGACUUGGCGGGACUGCAGCAGGGGGAUAAGGUCCUCGAAUGGUGCGGGGUAUCGCUAACUGAGCGCAGUUUCGAGGAAGUAUGCGCGGUGCUAGAGCGCGGGGGGGACACGGUCGAGCUGCUCGUGGAGCCCGCGCACCAGAUGGACGAGCCCGCACCGGCCGCGCUGCAACCGCACCAUCAUGCGUUAUAUGAGCCCGAAACGGACAAAUCGCCGUCGUCGCCGACCCGACGGAAAUUGCCGAAAACCCCGGAACAGGAGCGAGCGGAACGUGCCAGAGAGCGUCCGCCAGCGCGAGCCCAGUUGCAAGUGUGGUUCGAGUGCGAUCUCCGCAAGUUGAUCGUGCUGCUCAUAGCCGCGGACGAUCUGCCGCCUCGCGACCACACGCUCGGAUACGGGGAUGAGCCAGAAGCGUUCGCGAGGAUACGGCUUUUACCGUCGCUGGAAACCUGUCCGCCCGUAGAGACGGACCCAGCAUCCGCAUCUUGCAGUCCAGUGUGGAAUGCUACGCUGAGCUUUGGCGGGCUGACGGCAGACUUGUUGGCAGGAAGAGCUCUGGAACUGACGCUGUGGGAUGCAUGCCCGGGGAUAGACCCCGUACUCAUUGGGGAGUGCACUAUGGACCUAGAGAAAGCGUUCGCGGAAGAGCGCGCAGUGUGGUGGACGCUAGAAGAGCGCGGAACUCGCUCCGCCAACGCUUCGCCACGCUCGUCUCUAUCGGGCGCGCGUGCUUUGCGGCGCGGGGACUUUGCGUCACAGCGAUCUGUGUCUGAUGACGUUGAUUCGAUCGGCGAAUGUGCGUCACUCCUGCACCCAGACCACGCCUGGGUGGCCGGAUCCCGUCGCGGUUCCUCUCAAUCCGAAACCCUGGAGGUGGAGGUUUACCAACUGGGCAAGGAUUUCUCCCGCUCCCUGCCUGGAUCUCGCAGAUCCUCCUUCCAACAACAGGAUAAAGAUGGCGCGGGCGAGGUGAGCCCGGUGUGCGUGUCGCGGCAGCGGCGCCGCUCGUCGUGCGUGCGCCGCGACCCCGACGACAUCCUGCGCUCGCUGCGCGCCGUCAAGGGUGAGCUCGGUCGCACGCUAUCGCUCUCUGGCUCCACCGCACGACGUACGGCGACGGGGCGCAAGGGCAGCAUGUGGGCGGCCGUGCCCGCGGCGGCCGCGUGCGACGCGCUGGACGCGGACGGCAGCGUGCCGCUCGGCCCGGGCCAGCUGCCGCCGCGCAACGCCGCCCUGCCGCCCCUGCACGCUGAGAUCAACAUCAGCAUCAUCAUGAUCAAGGGACAGUUGGAGCUAGAGGUUUCCCACGCCCGUCGCGUGUACGGCGUGAACGGCGAGGUGCCCGACUCGUACGUGAAGUGUUACCUGCGCGACGGCGACAAGUGGCUCCACAAGCGCAAGACGCGCGUCGUGCGUCGCACAACAGAGCCGCACUUCAAGCAGACGCUCAAGUAUCAGGCGAGCGAGUCGCUCGGGCGCAUCCUAGUGGUGAUGCUGUGGCAGCGCUGCGGCGGGUUCGAGCACAACCUGGCGCUGGGCGGCGCCGAGAUCUGCCUCGACAAGCUCACGCUGCCGCAGCGCACGUACGGCUGGUACCCGCUGUUCCCCGCCACCUCGCUCGCGUGCGACUCGCCCGACUGAUCCCGCGAGCCGUCGCCCGAGCGCGCCGACGACUAGCCGACGACUGGCCGC